GAGGGACUCUCAAAUCCAUGAAAAAUAGAGAAAGAGAUGAACAAAAAACAAAGAAUGCUUGGUAGCCACUCCCUGUUUUUUUAGUUUUAGUUUCUCUCUCUCUCUCUCUCUCUCUCUCUCUCUCUCUCUCUUCCCAGAUGAAAUCCCACUCCUCCUGCUCUUGAAAUUGUAGAUAUAUAUAUAUGUAUAUAUUUUUUUUUUCUUUUUGUGGUUUGGUUCUGUGUGUUGAUGGGCAUAAAUAGUUGAAGAAAGGGAGGAAAAGGUUUGCCGGAAACUGUUGAUUUGGUACUUGGAAUCUUGAUUUCAAAGGUUUCUGGGAGAGGGAUUUGGUUUUGGCUGUCUGAUUGUAAGGGUUGUGAUGGAGAUUGGGGGAAUCAACCGCUGAAGGUCGCGCCUUUUUCCACUAUUUCCUGGGAUUUCCAUCGGUUUCGUGGUCUUUUGGAUCGCAAUUGCUUUGCCCUUUUUCCAAUGGGUAUUGUAGGAAUCGAAUACGGUAUGGUUGAUUAGAUCGGAAAAGGUUUGAUUUUGAUCAAGGGGAGGUGCAAGGAAUGGAAGUGGAAACUGAGGUGAUGAUGGUGGGGAAGGAUGAUAAGGACGAGGUCCAUUUGGAGGAACCAUCAUGCUCGGAGAUGGAGAUGGAUAUGGAUGACAAUGGUGGUGUUACUGGGGAUUCAGAUGAUGAGAAGGAGGGGGAGCCAUUGAUGCAAGAGAGAGGUGAAGGGAGCAAUGUGGUGUUCUCUAGAGAAGCUCCUCUUUCCAACAAGAACUUGAGGAACUCCGUGAACUGUGGAUGCAAAAGCAAGAAGGUUCGUGUUAGGGCAUUGGACAGUGGAGAAGAGUUUGAGGUCCGGAGGAAGGAUAAGGACUCGGAUGGGAAGGAGAGGAGGCUUAGUAGGCAGGAUAGGAUUGAAUUGGGUCGGUUGUUCCAAGGGGCUGUGAGCUCCCAUGAUUGGGAGCUCGCUGAGAGUUUGAUCUUGCUUGCUGAUCCACAGAUGCUUAAUGAUGCAUUGUGCAUUUCACUGGAUUCGAUAUGGUUCUUGACAACAAGGCAGCAGUUGAAUGGUAUCACAGGAUUGAUAAAGAAGAUUGUUGCCAAUGGAGCACGUGAUUUCACAAGAGCUGCACUUCGGACAUCGUUUUUAGCUUCUUGUGUUUCUGCAUGUCAAAGCAGGACUAUGAGUCUUGCUGAUACUGUGACUGUCAUGGCGCAAAGGUUGCAUGAACGUCUCCAGGAAUGUAAUGGUGAUGAGAUUUUGAAAGCAGAAGCAGGUGCUAAGGUUCAAAAAUUCACAGAGUGGGCUUUAAAAUGCAUAGGAAUUCAUUCUCGUUGCCAAGGCAACAGGGGUGGAGGGAACCAAAGCACAAUUGUCGAGAUCCAACUUCAGUUAUCAGCUUUCAAAACCUUCUUGGACCUUGCUGGCAAUCAUCUCACCGGGAAGGAUUUCACUGAGGCAUUUGAUGCUGCUUGCUUCCCUCUAACUCUCUUCUCUAGCUCAUUUGACCCUGGUUGGGCGUCUGGAACAUCUGCUGCUGCAAUACAAGGCUUGCUGGGGAUGUUGGUCGAGGGAGGCGCAGAUAAUGUCAACCAAUGCUUUCUUGAAGCCUCACGCUUUGGGAGUACAGAACUUGUUCGCAUUCUCCUGCAGAUUGCUCAAAGAAACAGCUUGGAUGUGGACGUUGAUCUCGCCUUGGGAUUCGCCUCUCACUACUGCAAAAUUGGAACAAUGGAAUGCCUGGUCGAGGAAGGGAAUGCAAUUGCCUUCCUCGGGCCUCUAAUGAGAGCUGCCGAGCGGGGUUGCAUGCAGGUGGUCCAAUGGUUUGUAGCACGUGGCUGCCGCGACAUGGAGCUCUGUCUUGCUCUCACCGCUGCUACAUCCAGCAGCCAGGUAGAAAUUGCCGCCUACCUUCUCCCGCAUGUCCCCCAGCAUGUCCUUGCAGCCCUCAGUAUCGAAAUUCUCAAAGCGGCUGGUGAAAGGAGUGGUGGAUCUCUCAAUGGCGUGGCUUUCCUCCUCCGAUCAGACUUUCUCAGUGACCCUGCAGCAACAUAUGCAGUAGCUGAUAGCAUUGCAAAGUCAGAAGAUGAGGCUGUCGCACCUGAACUGAAGUCAUUCAUGCGGAAACACUGGUCAGAAGAAGCAUUCCACGAGGGUCUGAUUUCCGGUGAGGAACACUACAUCAACUUUAUGCGAGUUUUCAGACAAGGUGGAUCAGCAAUCCGUCUGAGGGACCUGCCGAUGCCACUUGUCACCGCCAUCGCUUACCUUCCGCUCUACCGGGAAUGUGUCAAGACCGAUGGGAAGCUACUCCCGCAAAGGCUGAGAGGAGAGCUCCUUGAGGCGGCGCGGAGGAUUGGUGGCCUGCCAGUGGACAUAAGAAGCCAGGGAAAGGAACUGCUGGCAAUUUUGGAGCACCACCUGCCUCCCUUCUUACUGAACUGUUGACAAAAUUAUCAUCCUUUUGAUCUAAGUUCAAAAAAAUGCUACAUAGAGUUUUACAUGGGAGUUCUAUGAGAAUUGAGACAUAUGUAUGAGAAAGAGCUGCUGUUAUGUGAGUGUUUUAUUAAUGUGAGCUCAUUUGGGUAUAUGUUGUUUGUCAGCAGGGAAUUGAAUACUGUCCAAUUAGUUAUAUGGGAGAUAUAUAGAUAUGAAUAUAAAUAUUGGCAGUGGUCUAUGUUUUAUAGUA